GGCGCGUCCGCUUCGGCCGCCUGUGGGCCGCGGGCGAAGACGCGCAGCCGCCCCCCGCAAUGCCGGGGGCUUUUGUCGUGCUGUGCGCGCUCAGGUGAGGCGCCGCCUUGCGCCGCCGCCAGGGCACGCGACGCCAGCGGCUGGCCUUCCCGCAGGGGUGCAAUCGGCGUCCUCCUGGACCCAUGCUCGUCGCCGCGGCGGGGCGCCGCCGCCAGCGCCGCAACCGGAGGCUCAUGAACGACCUCCGGAAGGAGCCUGCUGCGUUCGUGGAGGUGUCUUCGGCGUCGUCCUCGGCGGAGGACUCCUCCGCACCUUCGCCGACCAGAGCGCCGCGCCAAGAGUUCGCAGGCACAGCGGGCGCCACGAGCUCGAGGUCCGCCCAGCGCCCGGCCAAGGCCAACAAGAUGGGCCCCGCGCACAAGUUCGGCGAGCCCAACGGGAAGAGGCCCUGGACCACGACCGAAUGGUUGGACACCCCCGUCGGCGCCCAGAAGCAGGAUCGAAGGAGCAGAAGCUCACGCGGCCCGUGCUGCCCGACCUCGGCCUCCGGGACCUCGAGCAGCUGGCGCACGCCCGGGCGCUCGCGUGCCCGCACUGCGGCUGCGGCGGCCCCCGCCGGCAGGCCUCCGCAGGCAGGCAGGAGCUGAGCCCCGGCAGGCGCGGGGGCGCGGCCCCGCCCUCGUGCCGCAGCUCCGCGGCCUGGUGGAAGGGCUCCGAGGCGGAGGAGAGGAGCUCCUCGAGGCCGGCAGCCUGCCGCGCGAGGGCUCGCACCAGAGCUUCAAGAAGGA